UGUUUCCAACUUUUCGUGAAUACUAGAUCUCCAUGGGAGUACCACCACGAUGGGGGAGAGAUUGAACGUUUCGAAAGUUUAGGACUAUUGUUCCUACGAUUGAAGAAUAAGAGGUUGGAAAAUGAAAAAUUCCAUUGUUCCACCUCAAGUGGUUGAUUCAUAUGACCUCAACACACAGACACAGAUUUGAAGAUCAUAGGCAGAUUCAGAAAAACAGUAAGUUUCGGGAAAUAAAGAAUCGAAGAGAUGGGAAAAUCGAAAUAGGAAUUAGGGUUUUUUGGGUUUAGGGAUUGCACAAGACGAUCUGAAAGCCUCUACCUGUGACUGACACUUCGUAUGAUCUCCUUUGUUCUCUGCCAAGCAUUUCUUCAGCGCCUCCACAUCGCACGCCGAAGCUAUCUUCUUCACGGUGACGUUUUCAGCUUUCUUCUCAUCCAUCGUCGUCUUGUAAAGGUCUGUUUGGCUGCCGAGAAAGCCCGAGAAAAUGGCGAACGAAAAAAAGAUGUAGCACGAACAGUAUUUUUCGCGAACAAAAAACGAUGCCGUUUUGGAUGAUCACGUCACGUGAUUUCAGCUUCGGCUCUUGAGAAAAGGCGUUUUACUUGACUAAAACGACACCGUAGCAGGGUAUCCAAGCUUCUUACAUACGCCCAAGGGGUGUGAUUGGGGCGGGGCCCACUUUAACAUACCAACAAGGGAGGAGGAGCGGCAGAUUAGCGAAUUUGAAUUUACAGAACGGCUAUUUCCUCUCUCUCUCACUCCCCGAUUAUAUCAAAUCAUCCAAGCAAAAAGAGUAAGAACAGAAGAGAGAGAAUCUACAGAAGAAAUCAAAUCUGGGAAUUUUCAAUUUGCCUAUUUAUAGUCUCUGCAGAAGGAUCUGCUCAAUUGGUGAUAAUUUGGAGGAAUCUGAGCUUCGAUUCUCGAAAUAAUGGAGGCGAAGGUGAUGAGCCAGGGACAGAAGGUGGUCCGAGUGGUGGCUAGGGUUAGACCCGCGACGCAACUAGUCUCGGGUUCGUCUGUUACGGGUGAUACGAUGAGAUCGGUGUCGGUUCACAAGCCUAUGGGAGAAGAAUCGGAGAUGGUUUCGAUUUCGUUUGGUGACCCAUCCGCCAGUUCAAAAGACUCUUAUAAGCUGGACAACUGCUACGAGGGGGAUGAAUCGAUGGGUUUAAUCAUUACAAGGGAGAUUAAACCUCUGAUCUCAGAGGUCUUUGAUGGUCGAGAUGCUACUGUAAUUGCUUAUGGAGCCAGAAGUAGUGGGAAAACCCAUCUAAUUCAGGGAUCGGAUGCGGAACAUGGCUUAGCUGUCAUUGCCAUGGCUGAUAUCAUCUCUAUGGCUAGGGAGAGGGGAGAUUCUAUAUCUAUAUCACUUUAUGAAGUUUCUCAGGAAAAUGUGUAUGACCUCUUACACCCAGAAAAGCCGACGGUUUCAGUACUGGAAGCAGCUAAUGGGAAAGUUCAAUUGAAAGGACUCUCCCAGGUCUCUGUGAAAUCAAUUUUGGAAUUUCAAAACUUGUAUUAUGGUGGCAAGAAAUUGCAUAACGCGUCACAGAAGCUUAUCAGCGAGCCUGCUCAUAGGAGCCAUAAGGGUCUGAUGAUACGUGUUUCACCUCAAAAUGCUACUUUAGGCUCCCGGGGGAAGAUGAACUUUCUUGAUUUGGCAGGAUAUGAGGACCCCAGAAAACAGAAUAGUGAUGGUCAAGCUCCUCUUGAGAUUACAAGAAUUAAUAAGUCGAUAUAUGCGUUUCAAAAUGUCAUGUAUGCACUGAACGCUAACGAAUGUCAUGUGCCUUAUCGGGAGAGCAAACUCGCUCGUAUGCUGAAAGAUUCCUUGCAAGGAUGCAACAGAACUUUGCUCAUCACUUGUUUGGCCCCAGCAUUUAGCCAAGACUCAGUUUACAUGCUGAGUUUAGCAUCUCGAAUUUCUUUAGGCAGUAACCGAACCAUGAUGACCUCUACUAAGAAUAUCAACAGUUCUGCAAAAUCUAAUGUAUCAUCUUUGCAAAGGAUAAAGACACCGCUGACAGUUUCUGCUACUGCAAAGAAGCAGACGGGACUACGGGGCAAUUUAUCUGAAAGGAAGACCAAAGUCAACACUGUGGCUUCUGCAAUGAAAGCAAGGAGGCUGUUUGGUGAAGCAAGUGGUUCAGUGAAAUCGAAAAAAGCUUCUAAGGAGAUCUCUUCAUUAGAAGUCACAUCAAAUAUUCAGGCUUCCAUAUUAGAAGAAGAAAUUUCUUCAUUGAAUAUUGCCUCAGAUGUCCAAUCUUCUUUGCCAGAAGAGGAAAAUUCUGCUCUGGCUUUCUCAAGCUCUCCAAUUAUCAUCAAUGCUGAAUGUUCUACCAUUGAAUCUUGUAGCUCAGGCACAAUUGACAGAGUAGAUAAGGAGACACCGGAGAAGCUUGAGGAAGGGUCUGUAGGAACAAGCCCUUGUACUGGCAUUGCUACUCCAGGCAAAGGUGAAAUGUUGGACAAAGAAAACAACAUUGCACUGCUCAACAGAGCUACAUCUCCACCACUCAGCUUGCGGCUUCGAGAACUAUCAAACACGCUGAAGUCAAUAUGUAAAACGUCAAACCCACCAUGCACAGAAGCACUGGAGAAAAAUCAAGGUUCCCCUAUCAAAUUACAAACGAAAGAAGGCUCGGAGAACAGCGACAAUACUUCUGAAGCUGUUGUCAGUGUAGAGCUAAAAACACCCGAGAGAAGUAUGGCUUCAAACAUCGGCUAUAGUCCUUGGAAGACAUUCAGUGCUCAUAGUUCUAAAGUGAAGAACUCUGUCGUUGAAGAGUACCUCAAAUUUUUAAACACUGCAGAAAAGGAUGACCUGAAGAAGCUAAAGGGCAUAGGAGAAAAGAGAGCAGGUUAUAUAGUUGAACUUCGAGAAGAAUCUCCUGAGCCAUUCAAGACUCUCGAUGAUUUAAAGGACAUCGGACUCUCAGCGAAACAGAUCAAAGGAAUGCUGAAGAAAGAAGUCGGAGACAUUUUCAAUUAGCAGGUGGACCGACAGUUUAUAUGUUGCAACAGAAUGGUCCGAAGUAUUUGUGAAGAGGCAAUGUGAAGUUGCUAUCCAUGGAUGUUGCCGGAAGAGUUUUAUGUUCUUUCUUAACUAUUUCAGCGUGUUGUGUUUGUGUGUUUCUGAUAAAAAAUACAAUUCUGGUCAAUUAUAAAUGCUGUUUUACACAUAACCCAAAUGCUAUUUUUUUUUGUUAACGAUUUAAUCUUGUUAUUUAUUGAUA